AUGCUUCGUCCUAUUUACACCCAACGUGCAGUCCAAGUUCUGUUGCUUGGACCGUCAUUGAGCGGCAAACGUACCUUGGCUUCCGAAUUACUCAAAUGCCCAAGUGCUUACUUUUCCAUCUCCACGGCCGAAAACCUUUCCAAAAAUCCAAUGGAUGUGAUUGAUCGAAUUGAUUAUAUACUCUUCAUGCUGGAUAUGACCAACAGGAAUAGUCUUACUAUCUUUCAUGAAGCACUCAAGCAGAUCCCAGCAGCAUACCUUUACAAUAAAUGUGGCAUCGUUUUUACUAGAGUGGAUGCUGUCAAAUUUUGGACCAUCAGCGAGAAGGAUGUUACGCAAUUGACCGACAAGUAUACCGUAGGCUUGCCUCGAUUUCGAGUAAACCUGGAGGAUGAGAAUCAACGUAGUCGAAUAUGUGACCAAAUUGCACGUGCGAUCAAAAUUGCUGCUUUACAACAAAAGAACGUAUCAGGACUCUUAUUGAGAUCAUUGGAGCAUUAUCAUCCCAUCACCACAAAAGUUAUACCCACUCCAGCUGAACAUCAAGCAUCUGGAUCCUUGGCAUCCCAGGCCCCAAUGUCUGAAGCAGUAAAUAGUAUUGCUGAUGAAAAUGCGAAUGCACAGGAACCAUCCGUACAAGGAGACCGGAUAUCUGAAGGUGUACCGGUUGCUGAGCCUUCUGUGGAUAUAGAUAUCAUGUCAGAGACUGGAUAA